GAACAUAAAAAUCAGGACCAAUAAAGCUUGAAGAAUUUAACAAAAAUGAUCAUGAUAUUUCUCUUAUGGGUGAUAUUUUUUUAUACCAUUCUCUCCUUCACAAAACAUGUGACCGGGAAGAAAAGCAAUACAAUUCCAUCACCACUGAGACUUCCAGUGAUAGGAAACCUUCAUCAACUCGGCCGCCAUCCUCAUCGAUCACUAUGCUACCUCAGCCACCGCUACGGACCUGUCAUGCUCGUUCACUUUGGCGUUGUCCCUGUUCUUAUAAUCUCUUCAGCGGAAGUUGCUCGAGACGUUUUGAAGACGCAUGAUCGUGUCUUCGCGAGUCGCCCAAAGUCGAAAGUCUACGAAAAGGUUCUUUAUGGGGACCUUCAUAUUGGUUCAGCUCCAUAUGGAGAGUAUUGGAGGAAAACAAGGAGUGUGUUUGUCACUCAUUUACUCAGCAACAAGUUGGUGCAGUCCUUUCGUGACGUGAGACAAGAAGAGGUCAAUCUACUCAUGGAAAAGAUCCGGAAAUCGAAUUCUUUGCCGGUAAAUCUAAGUGAGCUCUUCUCAAGAUUAACAAACGAUGUGGUAAGUAGAGUUGCUUUGGGGAAGAAAUACGGUGGCACUGGAAUAGAUUUAAAAGAGUUAACAGAAAGGCUCCUAAGGCUAGCAGGUGCGUUUACUGUCGGGACUUUUGUACCAUGGCUUGCGUGGAUUGAUUGGAUCCGUGGAUUGGAUCGUCAACGGGCAAAGACUAAAAAAGAAUUUGAUGAGAUCUACGAGAAAGUUAUUCAAGAUCAUGAAGAUAAAGACGGCCAUGGGACUGAUUUCGUCGAUGUAUUACUCGCUAUUCAGAGAGACAAGAGCAUCGGGCUUGAAAUUAAUCGGAUGCAUAUAAAGGCAAUCAUCGUGGAUGCUUUUGUGGGUGGUACAGACUCAUCUUCCACGCUUUUGGAAUGGGAAAUGACAGAGCUUCUACGUCACCCAAACUGUCUGAAAAGACUUCAAGAAGAAGUCCGUACAGUUUGUAAGGACAGAUCGAGUGUAUCAGAGGACGAUAUUAAAGACAUGAAAUACUUAAAUGCUGUGCUCAAAGAGACACUCAGGCUACAUCCUUCCAUUCCAUUGAUGGUUCCUCACGAAACAAUAGAAGAUGUCAACUUAAGAGGUUACCACAUACCCGCCGGUACUAUGGUUAUGAUCAAUGCAUGGGCGAUAGGGAGAGAGGCUGCAACGUGGGGACCAGACGCGGAAAGUUUUAGGCCGGAGAGGCAUUUAAAUUCAUCUGCUGAUUUCCGAGGUCAGGAUUUUGAGCUGAUUCCGUUUGGAGCAGGGAGAAGGAUGUGCCCGGGAAUGUCAUUUGCGGUGGUGUUGAAUGAAUUGGCUUUGGCUAACUUAAUGCUUGGGUUUGAUUGGGAAUCUACAAAAGAUCAGACCGAAACGGAUGUUGCUGAAUCAACGGGUGCUAUGAUUCGUCCCAUGUUACCUCUCUACGCCAUUGCAACACCAACUACUUGAUCAAUGCAUUAAAUAUAUGCCUAUACUAUUAUGUUAUAUCUAGAAUAAGAUAUCUUCUUUAUCUAUGUAAUUCUUCUGUGUUCAAAUAACGGAUAUAAGUAUUUAUAAAAUAAUAAGAUCAUAAUGAUCAGUUAAUGUUUCAUUUUCACUGUUUAAAAGUUUUCAAUUGUUUUGUAAUUUUUGUGCAUGAAACAUGAUAGAAAAAUAGCCUUUAAG